AUGCAGGGAGGGGCGGGGAAGGUUAAAACAGAAGCUGCCCUGCACCCUGUCGUUCCUAAAAGUGAAGUUGCAGCUGGAGAAUACCAGGAUCUGCCAUCAGACAAGACUAUACCAGUUAAUAAUAUUUAUCCAGAAAGUUUAGCCAACAUCAUAAAAUGGAGAGUUUUGGAGCAAGUGAAGUUAACUACAAACAUAGUUACGGUAACAAAACUUCUGGUUGGGUUCAAUUUAACAAGUUUAACGACCCGAGGAGAAAUCUUAUUGCCAACACAGGCCGAGAAAGUAACGAAGACCACCCCGUUUGAAGUGGUAGAUGGCGACAUGGGCUAUAAUGUGAUCUUUGGAAGGCCAUGGAUACAUGAAAUUAGGGUUGUACCUUCAAUAUACCAUCAGCUGUUGAAAUUUCCCACGCCAGAAGGGAUCAAGCAGAUCAGAGGAGAUCAACCGGCUACAAGGGAGAUAAACACAGUGAUUGUUUCCAGUAGCAAGGGCAAAGAAACUAGCAAAUAG